AUGCUCCUACACACCUCCAUCCUAGUCACACUUUCCACAGCCCUUGUUCGACAAACCUACGCUCUACCAGCCACCGUCGACUACAACAACCUCCCCACCACCAGCACGAUCCUCAACCUCCCCAUCCCCGCCCGCAACACAACCUACACCGUCCAACCCAACGACACAAUCCACAGCAUCGCCGCCCACUUCUCCAUCGGCGCAUGUGACCUCGCCCGCCUCAACGUCCUCGCGGACCCCAACUACCUCUACGCCUCCGAACCCCUCCGGAUCCCGCUCCACCCACUCCUCCCAUCCGACACAACCUGCUUCACCCCCAACAAUACCCUCACCACUUCAACCUGCAUCCCCGGCGGCCCCCACGUCUACACCAUCAUGCCAGGCGACACGAUCCAAAAAAUCGCGAACGAGCGCUUCAACAUCACCACGGACUCGAUCCUCCACCAGGUCGCGCAGACGGGAUACAUCGCUGCCUUGAAUCCAGGGAUCUAUGAUGUAUUAGAGGCGGGAGAGACGGUCAAGAUCCCCGUGUGUGAAGAUACGGUGUGCAAGAUGACGGAUUUUACCAUUACGUAUGGCACGGUGCAGGAUUUUGCGGGACAGUAUGGGGUCACGGUGGGGCAGAUUCUGGCGUUGAAUUUGGGGUAUAAUCAUACGGAGGAGGAGGCGCCGUUGGGGGUGUUGUUUGAUUGUGGGGUUGUGGGGUGA